GCUUAGCAGGAGUUGUCCCGGUCCUUCCUCAUUCACCGCGCUGCUCUGUGCCGUAUAGUGGCGGCGGCUCUGGAGGCUCACACCCCGCCGAGUGAAGCACUCAGCCCGGGCCUGGAGUCCGUGUGGCCUCGCGUCUCAUUUCUUCGCAGGUUGGCAGUGGGGGGUGCACGAAGGGGAUUUGGGUGGAGUUGUAGCCCGAUCUGAGGAAUGUGACGCGCCGACGGGAAGGGAACAUCGGCGGUUUCACCGGGGGAGAGAGAGAUACCCGUUGGUACAAAGAGAGGAGACAAGUUCUGCCGCAAAGUUAGGAGGUUUAAAUUCCUCCUCCCUUAUCUCUCCUCACCCAGGCCCUGACCUUUGACCCCACCCAUCUCUCCAACCAUGGCACAUCGAUCUCAGAGUUCAUCGAUUGGCGAAAACCCGCUGGACCCAAACUACCUGCCCCCACAUUACCGCGAGGAGUACCGCCUAGCUAUCGAUGCUCUGAUCGAAAAUGACAUUCAGGGUUACUAUGAGUUCCUCCAGUCCGCGGAUGUGGUCGGUUUCCUGGCACAGUCGGAAAUUGAAUUCAUUAAGUCAACAAUUCAGGCGCCCAACCAGACCUCCAGCGUCCCAGAGCUGACAUACCACGAGGGAGGUCAGGAUGCUGAUGGCUCCUCCGACACCUACUGGCCGAUGCAGUCCGACCUGGCUGCCCCGGGGCUGGACCUGGGAUGGCCGCUGCCACAGCAGAGCUUCAUGGGGCCCACAGAGGUCACCACUCUAGUCAACCCCUCCGACCCAGACAUGCCAAGCAUCAAGCAGCAGGCCAGAAGACUCAUUAAGAAUGCACGCCAGGUUAUUGCUGUGGUGAUGGACAUGUUUACAGAUGUUGACCUUUUUGCUGACCUCUUGGAUGCAGCAGCACGCCACGUUCCUGUUUAUAUUCUACUGGAUGAGCAGGAAGUCCAUCACUUUGUCUCUAUGGUCUUCAACUGCAAAGUCAACUUGGACCAGCAUCCCAUGUUGCGUGUCAGGACUGUGGCAGGAAUAACCUAUUAUUCCCGUACGGGGAAAUCAUUUAAGGGUCAGGUGAAAGAUCGUUUCCUACUGGCUGACUGCAAAGCUGUACUCAGUGGAAACUACAGUUUCAUGUGGUCCUAUGAGAAGAUCCACCGCUGCAUCGCCCACCUCUUCCUCGGGGAGCUGGUUGCCACCUUUGAUGAAGAGUUUCGCAUUCUCUUUGCUCAGUCAGAGCCUUUAGUUAUUGACCCAUCUGAUGGAGCACUUGCUCUCUCUGACUCCAGCAGUUACUUAGGCAGCCAGUUUGGUUUAAAGAGGACCCAGUCUUUGCGUAACCCUGCAGGUUACCGAAGGCAGCCUGAGAUUCCCUCUGCCUUCCCCUAUGGAGACUCUGAUCGCAACCUUGCACUUCCUUUCCGGAGGAACGAUCCAUUUCGACACACCAUUGAACCUGGGGCAGGAAUUACAAUAGGAAAGUAUUCCCAGCAACAGUUUCGUCUGCAGCAGUCGUUCCUGGAGCAGGGCAGGUCCAUAGUUUCGAGGCAGAUGGAGAUAAGUACCAGUGGCUUCAAGAGGCACAGCUAUGCAGAGGGAACGCAGGAUAACUACUCAUCUUCGAGGCAAUACAUGAAGCACAGAGUCAUGAAUAAUUUGGACGAGACAGACUUUCACAGGGAGCAGACCCAAACUAGCCAUUACUACAAUGAAGGGCCUGGGCCGGGUUCUGGCAAGGGACACUAUGACAGACUUCAAGGUCGUCCCCCACAACUCUCCAUUGACCAGUAUUCAGAUUCAAGCUUUCGCUCAGAUCGAGAGCCUCCACCUGGAAACUAUAACCGAGAAUACUUUUCAUCUGAGGACUUGAGAGGAUCUGAGAGGUGCCAGGCACCUCCAUUAGCUGGAAGGUAUGGAGGAGAUUCCACCAAUAAGAGGCCAACCAUAGGUCAGGCGUAUGCCUGCCAGAGCUCACCCACACAGCCCCACCCACCAGAGAAGAAACCAUUUGCCAAACAACCUGUUCAAGAGCAUGAUGAAGAUGCAGAUGCUAAGCAAGGCAUGAGGAGUUGGAGAAUCCAUUCUUAUCUCAGCACUUAUGAGGACAGUGGAGAAGAAGGUGUGACUCAACCUUUGGGGCCUGAUGCAUUUGAAGAUACUCUGCCAUCUCAGCAGCCAACUGAAAACUCAGCUCCCCGCUUUGGAAUAAAGGAGCCACCAAAUAUUCCCCCCAAACCCAGACCAGAUAUCUUGAGACCACGGUUUGGAAAGCCCAUCUUAUCUGAGAGCAACAGUCACAACUCUGCCUCGACAACAUCCAAGGAUCUGCUACAGCCAGUCAGUGACUUGAAGCCAUUUGUACUGGAGAAAAGAGGGAGGGAGGCUGAGAAGGAAUGGCAGAGAGAGCCAGAGAGGAGUGCAGCAAAGGAGGUGGGUGUGGAUGUGAAGGUGAACGAGACCCCUGAUCUCUUCCUGUCCAAACAUGAAUCAUUCCGUACUCGGGUAAAUCCACUCCUUCAACGUAACUCUCGUCUGCGUUCCUCUCUUAUAUUCUCAUCUUCCAAAGCAGAGACCCACAGUGGUAGCCUGGGCCUAAAACCAGCCACAGAGGAAGAUGAGGAGUUAAACUCAGUGCGCACUUCCUCGAUUGUGGCCCAGAUCCUAGAGAAGAGGAGGUCACUGUCUCGUGAGCCUUUUGAGUGGAGGAAGAAGGCUGAGGAAAGAGAUAAGGAGAAAGAAAGGGAGGAGAAAGAAAAGGAGGAGAAAAAGCAACAGCAGGAGGAAAGGGAGAUUCGAUUAAAAGAUGAGAUUAAAGCAAAAGAGGAACCUCAGAAAACCAACGAAGAGGUAAAGACGACACCAACUUUUGAGAAAUCUGAAGCCACACCAUCAUUAUCUAUGAAUGACCCAGCCAAUAGACUGCAGUAUUUCAAAGACCUGGCUGACAAAAGAAAAGCCUCAAAAAUGGAAACAGAGUCAAUGCUCAAAGCCCCAGAGCCUGCUGAAAAAAAGCCAGACCUUUCUGAUAAACCUCCCCUAAAACCAGCAAUGACUCCAAACAUUCCAACUGUAAGUUCAGCAGAACCUGAACCAAAGAAGACAGACAUAUCUGCAAAAUUGGCAGAGCUCACUCGCAGAUCUUCAUUGAGUUCCUCAAAACCACCCAUACUAAAGCCUUCUGCCAGCUACCUGAAGCCUUCAGAGACAACUCCACCUCAAAAAGAGGAAAAUGCAUCAGAUGGUCAAAAAAAGGAUAUAUUCAAGUCUCUAAAGCCCCUUCCUUCCCCUAAGAUCUUCAGGCGGGAUCCUUUGAAGCUCAAAGGACUGAAUCCUCGUCGGAUCUCCUGCGGUGAAGAGAUUCUGACCACAGAUGCUACUGAUGCAGAGAAGAGUGAACUCAAAAAGUAUCGCUCUCAGAGUUCUUCAGCUCUACCACGUGAUGACUCCAGGGAAGGAUUGCAAAAAGUUAUGGGAUCUAAUACAUCUAUCAACACACUUGGUGAGGGAAAGGGUGAGGGGAAGACACUUGACUUCUUGAAGAAGCAGACGCAGAGGCUAAAGGGAUUACUGGGGCCUAAGGAUAAAGAGAAGAAAUCUUCAGGAGACGAUAGGGGCAUGAGCACGGUCAGAGAGAUCACUGAAGAUAUAAGCAAAAAGCAGAGUUCAUCAGCUAGAGAUAAAGAAUCUACCACUGCAGACCAAACUACAGCCAAUCACAAAGCAUCAACUGGCAUAUCAGGCCCAUCUCGAUACCAGGGCCCGGGCAGCUCUGUUCUGUUCAGUAGCAACCUACGAGACGACACCAAAGUCAUACUAGAGCAGAUCUCGGCCAACAGCCAGAAAAACCGACUGGAGCGAGAAGAAACAGGAAGGGACAAAGAAAGUGACGGUGGGGAGAAGGGGCUGGAGGGACAGAACUCCAUCAAGAAAAAUCGAUUUCUGCGUCCCUCAGGCAAUGUCCAGGAGCGAGAGGGAUUGCUGAAGAGGAUGGAGAGUUUGAGGAAGGAAAAGAAGGUCUACAGCCGCUUUGAGGUAGUCUAUCACUGCAAGGGUGAUACUUGCAGCGUGGCUGGGAAAGGGAUAUGAACAAAGGCAUGAGUAGCGUUAGAUGGGGAAUAACCUGGGAUAACGAAAGAUGGAGGAGCCACCUUUUAUACGGAAACUAUUUAUGCAAGACGAUCAAAAAGACCUAUUGCCCAUAUGUGCCAACAACGCUCUCAAAGUACCUCUGUGGCUCAACACCAGCCUUUCCUGGCUGAAGUAAUACAACUUGAAAAGACAAUAUAUAUAUAAAUGCUGAAAAUAAGCUGAAGUCAUUGGGUUUGGAAUGUGACUAUGUGCCAAGACCUGGAACUACUUUGACCUUAUAUGGUGACUGAGAGAAAAAAGAGUGACUCUCCUUGAAUUCCGGCUGCAUGGGCCAGGAAAAAGGUAGGGCAAUUUACAUAAAACUGAACUUGUAUAAACGUGACUGGGGGAGUAAGAGAGAGGAUAAAGAAAGACAGUGCAUAUUGCACCUGGGGGAUGGAAAAUAGAUCCAUACAAGUUAAAAAACAUGGCGGUGUUUGACUGCAUGUGUACAAGUGUUAUGUGAUUCUGCGAACGUCUGUGUAGCUGGCACCCGUUCUAAACUGAAUGGGAGAAAGUGUCUUUGUGGAUUCAUUGUGUGCCAACGGCCCACCAAGGGUAUUACCAAAGUGAGAACUAGACUAUUAUUAACCCAGAACGUAAAGCAAAGAUAGGAAAAUGAAGAGGAAAGGAAUGACAUGAAUAGUUGACAAAGAGUGAAAUGUCUGUGAGAUUACAGAGAAGGAAGAGUAAGACAAAAUCCGAAUCUGAGAAUGUGUUUGUGUCUAGUUUUAUUGUUGAGACACAUUUUCCAUAGAAAGUAAAGCCGUGAACUUUACCCUCUCAAGAGUGUUAUUUGCGUUUCUGUUAAGGUGUGGACACCCUUCAUAGGGUUGAAGAUGUCAGAAAACCAUUCAGAGGGGACUAUAGGUUUUCAUGUUUAGAGGAGCUGAGUUUAAAAAUGUAAGCGUACUAGUAUUUGUCUCAUGUAAUGUAAAUAAAAAUGUAACGCAUUUAAAUUGCCCUGAAUCACUGUAAAAAAAAAAAAAAAAAAGUGCCCCUGUUCCUCUAUAUUUUUACUUCUAAAUAAGUCUACUCCAUAAAGAAAAGGAAGAGAAAAAAGGGAGGCUACAUUUUGAAGUACUGAAGCAGGGCCAUGCCUCCUUUCAUUAGUUACUUAACUUCUGAGACCUACGCCCUACGCAGCACAGCUAACUCCUUUGUUGGUCUGUAAACACUAGUAAACCAAAGAUUUAGUUAUAUGGUACAGUUCCCAGGAUGCUUGCUCAGCUGGGCAUCAAACCAUUUAUUGUGUUUUUUUUUUGUUUUGUUUUUACAGUACAUCAAAUGAUUGGAGGAUCAUCUGCUAUAUGGACACUUCAGGGGUUAAACUGUUUGCUAUACAGGAUUAUAUUGUACAUAUUAAUAUAAAAAGGGCUUGUUGAUAAUCUAAAUAGCAAAGUAGAUAAUGAUCACCCUCAGUGUACUAUCAAAGUGCCUUGUGUUUAUUUGUAAUUUAUAUGCAAGUAUGUGGUCUUGGCUGUAAAAACAAAUUGGCAUUAAUUGGGGGAAUUCAUUUGCACAGGGGCCAACAUGUUUUUUUUAAAACCUCAGAUAGUAUUACAUUGUAUUUGAAAUACUGCAAAAAAAGUUGUUUAUUAAAUCUCUUUCAAACUGAAA